AUGGCGCCCAAGCAGCCCCCAAAACCCGAGUUCCAGGAGGGUGAGCGCGUGCUGUGCUUCCACGGGCCACUUCUCUACGAGGCCAAGUGCCUGCGAGUGGCCACAGAGGACAGACAAGUGCGCUACCUGAUCCACUACAGCGGCUGGAACAAGAACUGGGACGAGUGGGUCCCCGAGAGCCGCGUCCUUAAGUACUCCGAGGCCAACCUGCAGAAGCAGCGCGACCUUCAGAGGGCCAACCAGGAGCAGCGGGUGCGAGGGGCUGCCCAGAGGCGCAGUGCCCAGGGACGCAGGGGCAGCGCAGCAGCCGCGGCCUCGUUGCAGCAGCAGCACGUGGAGACGCUCUUCCAGAACAUUCGGAUCACGCCCUCCACCUCCACGGCCACAGCCACGGCCACCCGGGAGGCCCCCGGGCGCCAAACCAGAAAGAGCAAGCAGAAAACGGGCGCGGGAGAAGGGGGCAGCAGCGGUGCCAGUGCCAGCACGGCCAGGGAGGCCCCCCAGCCUCACCAGGGAAGAAGGACCCGAGGCCACCCUUCUGCCAAAGGCGCAGGGACGUCCGCCACCCGCACCGAGCCCCAGGUCCAGAUCCCCGCGGAGCUGAAGCCGCUGCUGGUGCAGGACUGCGACCUGGUCACCAAACGAAGGCAGCUGUUCUCCCUUCCGGCCAAGAGGAACGUGGACUCCAUCCUGGAGGAGUAUGUCACCUACAAGAAAGCACGUGGCGAGGGGGAUAACACCGAGUACGCGGCGGAGGAAAUGGUAGCGGGGAUCCGAGCCUACUUCGACGUCCUGCUGGGCACCCAGCUCCUCUAUGAGUUCGAAAGGCCGCAGUAUGCUGAGAUCCUUGCCGCUCAUCCAGGUGUUCCCGUGUCCCAACUCUACGGAGCUCCACAUCUGCUCAGAUUAUUUGUCCGAAUUGGAGCAGCGCUGGCCCGUUCGUCUUUUGAUGAGAGGAGUCUGGCUUCGUUGUUCAACUACCUGCACGAUUUCUUAAAAUACUUAGCAAAGAAUCCUUCUGCUUUUUUUAAUGCCAGUGAGUACAAGGAUGCUCCUCCCGAGUAUGAUCAAAAAGUGGCCUAA